AAUAAGUAUUGUUGUUUCAUCUACUUCCGUGUUCUGUAUUAGUUGGGAGAUUCCCACUGAAUUGUGGGCGUUCAACGUCUCGAGGGGAUUACCCCAACUCAACACUGAGAAUGCCGCUCAAAUACAGACAUGUUUACAGCUGGAGCUUCUCAUUCAGACAACAACCCGUGAUAAGGUUGUGCACACCAACACCAUGGAUGUGGCCGAGCCCAGUGUUCAGAUCUUUGAGCAGCCCAAACAGAGGGGCAUGCGCUUCAGGUACAAGUGCGAGGGCCGCUCUGCAGGCAGCAUCCCUGGAGAGAGGAGCUCUGACAUCAACAGGUCAUACCCCACUAUACAGAUUCUGAACUACUGUGGGAAGGGCAAAGUGCGCGUUUCCCUGGUAACCAAGAACGAGCCCUUUAGGCCCCACCCCCAUGACUUGGUGGGCAAGGACUGCAAGGAGGGAUUCUACGAAGCUGAGUUUGGCCCAGAGCGCAAGGUCUUCGCCUUCCAGAAUCUGGGUAUCCAGUGUGUGAGGAGGAGAGAGGUAAAGGACUCCAUCGUGCAGAGGAUGACCAGAGGGAUCAACCCAUUCAAUGUGCCUCGGGAGCAGCUGUUACAGACCGAGGAGUACGACCUGAACGUGGUGCGUCUCUGUCUGCAGGUGUUCCUACAGGACGACAGCGGACACUACAACCGCGCGCUCAACCCCAUUGUCACAAACCCCAUCUACGAUAACAGGGCUCCGAACACGGCUGAGCUGCGUAUCUGUCGGGUCAACAGGAACAGUGGCUGUGUGAAGGGAGGAGACGAGAUCUUUCUGCUGUGUGAUAAAGUCCAGAAAGAUGACAUUGAGGUGCGUUUCUUCACUCCUGGCUGGGAGGCUAAGGGCUCCUUCUCCCAGGCUGACGUUCACCGCCAGGUGGCCAUCGUCUUUAAGAGCCCGCCUUACUACGACACGUCCAUCACCGGCCCGGUCACUGUGCACAUGCAGUUACGCCGUCCCACCGACCAGGAAGUCAGCGAGCCCAUGGAGUUCAGAUAUCUACCCGACGACAAGGAUCCCUAUGGUUGCCAGGAGAAGAAGAGGAGAAGAGAGCACCUGAUGAAAGCCUUACCCGGGUUGCUACCUUUAGGUGGAAUGAAUCCCAUGAACAGACCAAAGGCAGUACCACACAGUCCCAUGGCCCAGUCCAUGAGGAAAGACAUCAACAACAUGUACAUGAAACAGCCCUCUCCCGCUAUGAUGCGUCAAACCCCUCCUACCAUGUACAACCACGCCAACCAACAUUACCAACAACAUAGCCCUCAGCAGCGCACAAUGAUGACAUCCAUCAACCAGAUGUGGCCCCAACCCAACCCGACUUUGUCCCUGGAGACCAUCAGAAUUAACCCCUCGAGCACCGGUAGUAACCAGGGUAACGGUAUGCAGCAACAGCAGGUGAACCACUGUGUUACCUCUGGGUACCUUCAUGGAGGGGAGAGCAGUGGUAGUAACCAGGGUAACGGUGGUGGUAACAUCCUGCCCCAACUCACCAUGGGGGACCUGCAAUGUCUGGGUCUGGAGCCCAAUCUCCAGGGUCCUUCGGCCAGUCAUGCCCUGCCCGGUGGGCCUGAUCUCCAGCUCCACCACCAGCAGCCUCACCCCCAGCACCCUCACCAGCGGCAGCACUUCCACCACCAACAGCAUAGACAGCAGCAGCUCCACCAGAGGAAAGGGCCAUCCUUUACCCAGGGCAUGGGGAGCCAGGAAGGGCAGAUCCAGGGGAGUCAGACCCAGACCCUGGGCCUCCAGGCACCCUGGAGCAACGGUGGCGAAGUGGGGUCCCUGGGGUUGGGCUUCCUCCUGGAUAGCGUGGAGAGUGAUGAGAUCAUCCAGGGCCUGGUGGGAGGAGGGGGCCCUCAGGCCACCUUCCAACUGAAGCAGGAGCCCCUAACUGGGGGACAGGAGGGCCAGAUGACCGCCUCUUGUUCCUUCUCCGCCUCGGACGGCCAGCAGCAGCAGUCGUACGCCAACCUCCUUCCCCGGCCUAUGAGUAACAGCAACGGCAUCACCAUGGAGACAGCAAGGCAUGAAAGCACCAAUAGCAACUCCAACAACAUCCAGGCCCUCAAGAACUUACAGAACCCCUUUACCCCAGCCAAUGGAAUGGGGCAAGAAGGUACCCAUUUUGACUCCUUGGCUGCCUGGGCCUUUUUACUCCACCGCAGUGACUUGGCACAUUCUCAGCCCGUGGGAAAUGCUUCUGGACGUCUCCGUGAGCAAAUGCUUAGUCAUCUUGUCUGUGCAAGAAUGUGGUCAGAACAUGUGAACAGACAUAGAGAUAUUUUCAGGGCAAAGGUAACUCAACUGGCUAUAUGAAUAUGAUAUGAAUGUACUUUUUUUUUUUUUUAUAUCACUCAAUCAGUCUCAGAGUUAGAUGGGUUGAGUUCUCUGCCAACAGAAGAAAUCAAUGCUUUGUGGUUUUAACAUGAUGAAUAUGCUUUUGAGGAAAAGGAGGAUAAAGGUUAAGAUAAACACGUGAUAGUAUGUUUUUGUUGACACUUUACUUGAAGUGGGCUGUUAUAAUGGCCUUACACCUUCCAUGAAAUGACCCCAAAUCAUGUUGUUAAGUUAAAAAGAACACACCGUUAAAAUGGUUCACACCUUUCAAACCAAUGAGGGUUCGGAACUUUAAAGCCGACUAUCUCAGGAGGAUCUUUUAUCAGAUAGAACCUUGUAGUUCUAAUGUUCCGAUUCUACUGUUCCGUGUUCCGUGACAGUGUUAUGUUGCAGUGGAAUGUUGGUCAUAGAGCCUCCAGAGUGGCCCGGUGGUCUAAGACACUGUUCUAGCUGUGCCACUAGAGAUCCUGGUUUGAGUCCAGGCUCUGUCGCAGCCGGCCGCGACCGGGAGACCCAAGGGGCGGUGCACAAUUGGCCCAGUGUCGUUUGGAUUAG